GAUGGAGAAGAGAACGGAGAAGAGGACAGACAAAGUGGAGGCUGAAAGAGAGGAGGAACGCCCUCUGUCUCACUGUAGCCUCAUUAUGCAACGCUUCUUGAAGCACUGGUCAGAGAAGAUCCAGGAACUAAGGCAGGGUUUGGGUCAGGACCAGGCCCAGCAGGAGGGCCAGGUUCAGGGGCAGGGUGAGGGGCUUGCUGGGGGUUUGUCCAACUCUACAGUCAGGCAAGUCCUGGGUCUGAGGCACCCCCAGGACAUUGUGUACACCCUCCUCCACACCCCCUACACCCUCUAUUUCUACCGCCACGUCGACGUGGGGGCAGGGCAAACUGCCUGCCUCCUCCUGAUUGGCUACUACCACCAGAAUUCAGGGGGCCGGGUGUUGCGUCUGCUGGAAGCCGUUCAGCCCAAACUGGACACGUCCACAGCUCUGCUGACCUGCCUGAGGAGGACUCUGACCAGACUGGGGCUGCCCCUGGCCAACCUGGCCUGGUUCUACUGUGACGUAGCGGGUAGAGAAGAGCAGGCCACUCUGGAGGCAGGAGUCCGGGUCAUGAGCCCCACGAUGGUGUCUCUGUGUGGGCUGCCUGGCCUGGCCGGGUCCGCCUGUCAGGCCGGCGCAGCAGCCGUGUCAGAGGAGGUGGUCGAGCUAGUCAGGGACGUCCAUCGCCACCGCUCCGCCUUCACCCCCACCCACGACAGCCUGAAGCAGCUGUUUGCUGCCGUACCAGGGUGCGACCCCAACCUCCCCGUGGCCACCCAGUGCCUUUUCUUCACCAGGAUGGUCCAGGCCAUAGCCCACGGCUGGGGGGACCUGCUCGGAUACUUCGGCUCCCUGGGAGGAGGAGGGGACGCCCAGCAGAUUCAUGCCCGACUGACGGACUGCAGGCUGAGGCUGCUGCUGCUGUUUCUCACCCAUGCCCUGGAGCCCCUGGCUGUCUACGAGGAAGCCAUGCAAGGAGGCAGCAUAGACCUGAAGGGGAUCCUACAGUUGGCAGGCACGCUCCUCCGCACCUACUGCUCCCGCUUUAUGCGCCCCUACACCACCAACUACUUCCUGUGGCGCCGCAACCCAGUGGUCUUAAGAAGCAAGAGUCACCACCUCAACGGCUCGGCGGUCGACAUCGGCGGGGCCCGCGUCCAGGACUUCCUGUCGGAGAGCGCGGCGCAGCUGGAGGACGUCCACGCCGCCCGGGCGCAGCUGGUGGACACCGCCACCGCCUUCUACAGCGAGGUGACCCGCCGCCUGUCGGACACCCUGCCGCUGAGCGAAGCGGCCCUGAAGCGCGUCGCCGUCCUGCUGCGGCCGGCCUGGAAGAGGGACGUGCUGUGGACGGCCGUGAAGGAGGUGGCCAGCCAGCUGGGGGUCUGCGACCCGUUCAAGGACGGGACGGGGGGCGACACGGACAGGCUGUCGGGGGAGUACCAGGAGUACGUGAAGAGGCCGCCGGCCACCAGGCCCACGGAGACGGUCGAGGACGCGGAGCAGCACUGGGGCCGGGUCCUGGAGGGGCUGGAGAGCGGCUCCGUGCUCCGCAGGCUCAUGCUGUCCCUGCUGGCUCUGCCCGGGAGCCUGCGGAGAGACACCGUGUUAACUCAGGCAUUUGAGAACAGAUGUCAGGUCCCAACUGAGUGGCUGAAGGCCGACAGCGAGGAGAAGACCACUCCCUUCUCCCUCCCUGGUCCAAGGAUAGUCAUAGAGAGUGACUCUGACUCCUCUGAUGUUAUAGUCACUGAGGUCACAUGGUCACCUGUCAAACUCAACAGCAGCAACGCCAAACCUCCCAAGAUGAGCGACUCCAUCGUGGUUGACGAUGACGAGGAUGACAUCAUCUGGACGCCCACUUUGAACACCCAGCCUGAAGAACAGCACCCCCCUCCCUCAGUCACCUCCAACCCUGAGCCACCAGCCAGGACGAGCAGCUACUACCAGGAUGACGGUGGCUACGACGUGGGGGAGCUCGUGUGGGGCCACACGGAGGGCUGCUCCAUGUGGCCAGGCGUGGUCCGGGCGUGGGAGAGCAGGCCGGGGCCCAGCGGGGUGAGGAUGGUGGAGUGGUACCAGGACGGCAUGUUCUCAGAGAUCAACAUCCAGGGUCUCCACCGCUUCGCAGCUUUUUCCCAGCACUUCUGUGCCAACUCGUUUGCCACCUUGAUCACCUACAGGGAAGCGAUCUUCAAGUCCUUACAGGUGGCAGCCGAGCGCUGCAUGAAGGUGUUCUAUCCGGACUCUGCCACGAGAGAGGAGGAGCUGAGAGUCAUGCUGGACUGGGCCUUCGGAGGAUUCAAACCCAGCGGCCCCAGCGGCUUCGCCCCUCCCCCCUUCACCCCCGAUGAGACGGAAGGCUCGAGCGCGAACGCAGGCUCGAAGUUGCCCCGGUGCAGCUCCACCUCCAACAAGGACGUUUAUGGCAGCUCCCUGUCUCUGCCCACCAAGCUCAGGCAGGUGUCGGUGAGUCUGAAGAAGCUGUCCCUCUGCCUGCUGGAGGGGGGGUCGGUCCGCCUCAGCAAGCACAGACGGCCCCGGGUCCGCCCACGCAAGAGGCCCACGACCGGGGUGAGCCUGACCCCCCCGGAGGACUCCCCUGACUGGCAGCCCCCCCACAAGAGGACCUCGUCCUACUACAAGGCCAAGGAGAGCAGACAUGUCUACGUACAGCCAGACCCGAAACACAGAGAGGCGAUGGUCCGCGAGAUUCUUGAUGCGGGGGCGGCCAUAGAAGAGUUCUGUCUCUGCUGUGGCACAAACAAAUACGAGACCCAACAUCCCCUCUUCGAAGGAGGCCUCUGCGCAAGAUGCAAAGAUAACUUCACAGAGACGCUGCACCGGUACGAUGAGGACGGCUAUCAGUCCUACUGCACCAUCUGCUGCUCCGGCCUGGAGGUCCUCCUGUGUGGCAACGACAGCUGCAGCCGAUCCUACUGCGUCGACUGUGUGAACAUCCUGGUGGGUUCGAAGACCUUUGAGUUCCUGAAGGAGGUGGACCCGUGGAUCUGCUACCUCUGUCAGCCCAGCCAGCGCCACGGGGCCCUCCAGCCACGCCACGACUGGAGCGUACGCGUGCAAACCUUCUUCUUCAACAACAGCGCCAUGGAGUUCGAGCCGCAUCGAGUUUACCCAUCCAUCCCCGCCAGCCAGCGUCGACCAAUCAGAGUGCUGUCGCUGUUCGACGGGAUAGCAACAGGCUACCUUGUUCUGAAGGAGCUGGGCUUUAAGGUGGAGAUUUACAUGGCCUCUGAGGUGUGCGAGGAGUCCAUCGCCGUGUCGACCGUCAACCACGAGGGGAGAAUCACACGGGUGGAUGACGUCAGGUCAAUCACCAAGGAGCAUCUGAAGAAGUGGGGCCCGUUUGACCUCCUGAUAGGAGGCAGCCCCUGUAACGACCUCUCCAUCGUCAACCCCAUCAGGAAGGGCCUGUUUGAGGGCACGGGCCGGCUGUUCUUCGAGUACUACAGGAUCCUGGACCUGCUGAAGCCCAAGGAGAACAACCCUCGGCCCUUCUUCUGGCUCUUCGAGAACGUGGUGUUCAUGAACAACCACGACAGGCUGAACAUCUGCCGCUUCCUGGAGUGUAACCCAGUGGUGGUGGACGCUGUGAAAGUUAGCCCCGCCCACAGGGCCCGGUGCUUCUGGGGAAACAUCCCUGGGAUGAGCCGGCCCAUCAUUGCCUCCAAGAACGACAAGCUCCUUCUUCAGGAAUGCCUGGAGAUCGGCCGGACCGCCAAGUUCACCAAAGUGCGCACAAUCACCACGAACCCGGCCUCAAUGAAACAGGGGAAGGACAUGUCCAAACUGCCUGUGCUGGAUGAGAACAAGAAGGAAGACACUCUAUGGAUCACUGAGCUGGAACAGAUCUUUGGCUUCCCCAAACACUACACGGACGUGAAGAACAUGAACCGCCAGCAGAGACAGAAGGUUCUUGGGAAGUCCUGGAGCGUGCCCGUCAUCCGUCACCUCUUCGCCCCGCUCAAGGACUACUUCGCCUGCGAGCAGCUGCCCCCCUAACCCACCGCAGGCGCCCGGUUGCCAAGCAACGGCAGCUGAGAUGGGGGGAUGGGGCCGUGGGGGCUCCUCCAUACGACCCCCCCCCCUCCCCCUUGAUUCAUUCUCUCCUCAGACCACGCCUCCUUUUUGUUAUCCUUCUCUCCUAUUCUCCCUCCCCCCUCUCCCUCCCUUCCCUCCCUUCCACCUCAUCUUGGAGAGAGCGUUUCGGGGGGGUUUCAGGGCAUGUUAAGGAUGCGUGAUAUUGGGUGCUUAUUCGUUGUACUGUAUGUCUGGGUCUGUUCAUUCGAAUGUUGAACAGGACUGACCUCUAUGAGAGCGCUGUCAAUAUCCUGUCUCCUCUGUGUUUUAAUGAGGUCACAUGACCUCUCUGGCAUUGCCAUAAUGUACUGUCGUUUCCCCUCCCUAUAGAUAUGUGGGGAGGAGAUCAGAUAGACAGAGAUGGGCACUAGUUAUGUCUAAUGCAGAGAACUAUUGCUCUAUUUUACUCUGCCUGUUGCUACAACAUACGAUUAACCGUCGUGACUCGUUCAUUACUGUACACUUGCCUUGUACAAGUGACUUUUGUAAAAUUAUUUGCAAGAUGUUGAUUUGCUAUGGUGAUAAUGUUAAAUAACAGUAUGUAUUAUUCGUGUUUCACUCCUUACUCGGUCCAGUGGAAACAAGCAAUCAUGUGAUAUUUACUGGAAAUAGGGGUAGAAAAUGUUUUUAAUAGAACAGUAAAGCCAUAUUGUCUUAAAUAGUUUUUUAUUCAAAAUGUUUUGUCACAAAUAAUACAAGAGAUUGACUGGACCAUAGAAGGACCAUAUUAUACUUGUCAACUAAAA